UUUAUUUUAGUUUCUAAAUUGUUUUGAAUGUGAUACUAACAAAAUUUUAUUGUGUUGUCUUGACAAAAACAGUAUACUAUUAUUAAUAUUUCACAAAUUUUUCAUGUUAUAAAUUGACAAGUUUUACCGAAAAGAAUGUCCAAAAAGCAUGGAACACUUGAUAUAGAUGCAGCUAAUGUUACUGCAUACGAUGCUAUGCGCUUGCAGAACUGCAAGUCGUAUACGUUUAGACAAGGGGAAAUGUAUCCCAGCAUUAGGCCCCCGCUGUCUCUGUGUCGUCCCGCAUUCUCAGAAAAGUGGAUAGCCAACGUGGCUGAAAAUACAGGCUGUAAGCCAUUCGACCCCAAACUGUACUCUAACAAAAAAGCCGCACCAGUAGAGAAUGUGGUCACUCAAAAACGAGUUGACAUGCCCCGCCCAUCGAAUAAAUACGUCUGCAGUCAAAUAAAGCUACAAAAGAGGAACCUUGACUAUAGCAAGCUUACCCCAUACGAUCUGAUGCGAAUGCUUAAUUGCAAGCCGGCUGACUAUCGUGAUGACGAGAUUUAUCCGUCUAUUAGACCCCCGGUAUCCCAGUGCUGUCCUGCUUUAACAGCAGAGUAUUUGAUGGAUACCCUCAGAGAAGGUGGAUGUGAGCGUCAUUUCGACAUGGAGAAGGAUGAUGUUGUGGAGGUCUGGAGACGAAGCCCAAAUAAGGAAUCUUUGGGCUAUUACGGCGUGGGCACGGGCAUUCACAAGCCGGAGGCGGUUUUGUUUAACCAAGCAAUUGCUGAGUCUCUUAAAAAGGUCAAUCCGCCGGAACCGCCGAAGCCAAAGGAGCCUGAAAAACCACCACCUGACAAAGUAGUGGAGCCACCCGGAUACGCUGUUCUCAACCGUCCAAAGCUGGCUGUUAAAGUCCGCAAAAUGCCCACUGUUCAGGAGGCUGUAAGUGCUGUGGGUGCCCUUCGAUGGGUGUACUGUCCCCGCGACAGGGAGCAGGCCUUUCCACCUACUGAGCCUCAUUUUCCGAUCGAAAAAGCCCUUGAUAUGGAAAAACUACCUGGAAAAUCUAAGCAAGACCUAAAACAGAAAGACAAGUACUGCGAACUUCAAUGUCAUAUUCCAGAAAAUACAUGCACACAACUCGAGUGGAUGAAAUAUAAAGAAGAUCAAAAAUCAUAUGAAGAGAAGUUUAAAAAAGAGAUGGAAGAGCUAGAAGAAGAAAUGCGAAUGGAAGUGGCAUGGGAAAUAGAAAAAAAGAAGCAGCAGCAAAUGGGACAAGGAGGUUUUGGACCAAGCAGUUUUGCACCGCCCGGUUUCAUACCAGACGGUGCUGCAUCACGCGAUGUCGGACCAGGAACUUUGGGAUCAACUCCUUAUAUACCUCCAGGUGUUGACGCAGGAGGUAUUCUACCAAGAAAAGGUAAACUGCCAAGCAUGACACUGGGAAGACCAAGUGCACGGAAAUCUCGAUUUAAACAGCCUAAGGAUUACGACGAGCUGUACAAUGUUCUGGUUCCAUUAUUUGAACAUGAUGACAAGCAGGAGCACACCGAUGCUUAUGAGAAGUGCAUCGAUGUAUUGAAGGAUGGAGGAUCGAAAAUUUCCUUUGUUUCAGAAGACUCGUCGUCUGAUGAUAAUAAAAAGCGACGAUCGACUAAACGAAGAAAGUCUAGCGUAAAGAAGACUAAAACAGUCAAAGAACGUCCACUCAGACCGAUGAAAAAAAGCAUUGAAUCAGUAAUAUCACUUCCAGAAACUGAGCCGGAUAAAGGGGGAGGUAGUUUCAUGACACCUAGGCAAACUUUGACGACUGGUAUGCAUAAAAGUAGCUCAGAGUCAGAGUCAGAUACUACAAAGAAGACGCGCAAGAAGCGUAAGAAAGGCAAAGGCAAGGGCGGUGGCAAGGGCAAGGGCAAGGAUGGCAGUGGAGGAAUUGAGUGCCCCUGCGAAAUAUGCAGUUUUCUGAAACGUCGCAGUGAAGAGACUGAAUCUCCGCUAAUACAGCAAAUGCUCCAGGAUAUGAAAAGGGAAAACAAGAUAAGGGAAUUGCGCGAUUACUACAAACAAAUGUGCCACUGUGAGUAUAUGAAAUAUCGCAAGCCCGAAUAUCCAGCGCCACAGCACAAGUGCGAUGCCAUUCAGUGCGACAAUACCUUCUGCGCGAAUCCAAAGUUAGCGGAGUAUUGCGACUGCUUAGAUGCUAUGGAAAAUCUGAAAAAGUUGCUGGGUCCCAAACACUGUAUCGUGAAUAAUGAAUUGUUGUUUAACAUUAACGACAUUCAGGAGCGCAUAAGUCGUCGCCUAUGUGAGUGUCUAUAGCCACAAAAGCGUACAAAUAUUUCAUUUAGUUUGACAAUUAUUAUGUUUCAAAA